ACAUAAAUUUGUGUAUUUGACCUUUGACUCAAAACCUUGUUGUUACUGAGAUAUUGUCUUUGUGACAACUUCACAGUGUGACAACUAUCCCCUGUCUUUGUAUAUUGUCAUGUUAAAAAACUCACACACACUUUUAAUACUUUGACAUCACCGUCCCAUCUGCAGCAGAGAGCACAUCAAAGAAUGAAGUCGAAAAAGAAAAACUGUCAUUAUUUCCACCAUAUGCCUCAGUGCCUCAUAUACUUUUCAUCCACUGAGAAUUCUCAGAUUGUCUUUCCAGGUUGCAUCGCGCAUUCUGAAUUACCUUCUGCCAUUUGUCAUAACAAUGUUUUGUGGUCGCCUGGGAAACAGUGUGCUGGCUGGUUAUGGAAUGGCCUCAGCUACGAUAAACAUAACAACAGCAGCUACAGGUGGAGGGCUUGCACUGGCAGCUGACACCCUUAUCUCUCAGACCUUCGGUGGGAAGAACCUGCUGCGUGUUGGUGUCAUCCUGCAGAGAAGUGUCCUGAUCCUCCUGCUCUUCUGCUUGCCCUGUUGGGCUCUACUCAUCAACACCCGACCAAUUCUCCUCCUGCUAGGUCAAGACCCGGAGGUGGCCAGGAUAGCUCAAAUAUAUGUGGUUUCUUACCUGCCAGCAGUCCCUGCUAUGUUUUUGCAUCAGCUGCAAGUAGCCUAUCUCCAGAAUCAGGGUGUGAUUCUGCCUCAGAUGUAUGCAGCCAUUGCAGCCAACAUUGCCAAUGUGAUGACAAACUACAUCCUCCUCAACUGGUUAGACCUUGGCUUAUAUGGAUCCGCAGCUGCCAAUACCAUCUCUCAGAUCUAUAUUUGUGUUUUCCUCUAUUUGUAUAUUCGCUGGAAGAAGCUGCACAUUGAUACAUGGGGAGGCUGGUCAUGUGACUCACUUCAGCAGUGGGAUGGGUACAUGAAACUGGCCAUCCCCAGUACCAUGAUGAUCUGCUUUGAGUGGUGGAUAUAUGAGGUUGGAGGUUUCUUAGCAGGCAUGCUGAGUGAGUUGGAUCUGGCAGCUCAACAUGCAGUCAUUAUGCUGGCUUUCAUAAACUACAUGUUUCCACUGGGCAUUCAAGGUGCAGCAUGUGUACGUGUUGGUAAUGCGCUUGGAGCUGGAGAUACUGCUGGAGCAAUCCGCACCAGCAAAGUGUCCCUCACCUGCACAGCUGUCUUGGCUGUUUUGCAGUGUCUUGUGCUCGUGUCAACAAAAACAGUGAUUGGUUUCUUGUUUACUUCAGACAGGCAGAUUGUGGCACUCGUUUCCAAACUCUUAAAUGUCUACUGUGUGCUCCAGUUCUUUGAUGGUCUUGUUUGUGUCAGCAUGGGUAUUCUCUUGGGUUCUGGGCAGCAGAAGAUUGCAGCUGUAGCUAAUUUCUUUGGGUAUUACUGCAUUGGACUUCCACUCGGCACUUCUCUCAUGUUUGCUGCAAAAUUAGAUGUUAUUGGCUUUUGGCUGGGACUUCUCAUCUGUGUGUGUGUGCAGUCGAGUUUUUUCAUCGCAGUAAUUUUUAGGCUUAACUGGAAGAGAGUGACCAAAGAGGCAGUGGAACGAGCUGGAAAGGGUCAAUUCUCUGAAGUGACAACUCCUGAUAGUGUUACAAAUGACCUGAUCUGUCCUGUUGGUCCUACAGCGAGGCACAGUGAGAACAGGGAUGAGUAUGUGGUUGUGAGCUCUCAUGAUCAGGAUGAGAUACGCAACAGUACUGUGGUACAAGAGAAGGAAAAGCUCUCUGCCUCUCAGCUCAUCCUCAGGAGGGGUCUGAUCACCUUUGCUGCUGUGCUCAUCCUAGCUAUAGGCAUAGCUGUUCAUCUCAUUGUGCCUUUGCCAGAGAUUCCUGAUACUGUUGGGGCAAAUACUACUCUGGUCUUAAAUAUUACCACAAAUUCCCCUCUCAUAGUUGAUGCAUAACAUAUUGCAUGGACGUUUUAUUUUUAUAAUAUAUAAACAUCAAGAUUCUAGGUAAAAAAAAAAAAAAAAAAUAUAUAUAUAUAUAUAUAUAUAUAUAUAUAUAUAUAUAUAUAUAUAUAUAUAUAUAUAUGAAUGAACAUAGGAUAGAGUAUAUUUUAGCUGCUGUAAUUGGUCACCAUUUAAUUUUUCACUAUAAUUAUUUUUUACCUUCACUAUUUCAUUUUAAAUAGUCCUCUGGUUUGGCAAAUACAUUUUUAAAGAUUAUAUAUAUUAAUCAGUUAAAUUAUUAUUAAAUAAUAAUAAUAAAAUUAUAUAAUAAUAAAAAAAGAAGAAUCUGAAUGAGCUUUAUUGCCAAGUAUGCUAACACACGCAAGGAUAUUGUCUUCAUAAGAAGCUUCCAGUGCAAAUAGAAAAACAACAACAAUACACAGAUAAAAAAUAAAGAAAAAAUUAUUGAAUAAAAUAUAUAUAGAACACACAAUAAUACAAAAAUAAUGUAUGUAAAAUAUAUUGUUUUUAACAGCAUUUUAAAUAUAAUAAAUAUUGAAUUAUUUUUAAGUACAUUUUAUUAAAAUAAAAAUGAUAAAAUAAUUAUCAAAAUGCUGUUAAAAAUUGUUUUAGAUGGAGUAUAGCAUGUCACACUGCAGGACAUCUCAACAGCAUUUCAUGUCAACUACUGAAAUCUCUACAUUUUAUGAUGGUAUAGAAAAACUUGGAAAGUCAUAAAUUAUCCAAGACACUAUUCAUAACUGCAGACCAACUACCAAAAACAACAAGAAUAUUUUAUUUGGCUUUUAAAACAUUUUAUUUAAAAACUUGCAGCUAGAGUCUUUAUGGAAAUACAUUUAUUCUUUUAUGUAAAUAUUUUAUUGUCACAUUAUUAUUAAUAGCUCAUGGUGAUGCCUUUAACUGUCAUUUUUGAGAUUAUCUUGGCAACACGGACAGCAUAGUUUCUUACGGCAUGACCUUUUGCCUGGUGAUUUGUGUUGCAGAAAGUCAUUUUUGAGAUCUCCUUGAAUUAUGUAAUCCCUGUCUCGUGUUUGUCUUCUGCAAUAAAUAAAAAUGCCAAAAUCCCCAGUAAAAAUCAGGGACCUUUUUCACAUUUAACAUCUUCUGGCGCAAAAAGCCUUUUGCACAACCAUGAUUAUGAAUAAAGGAAAUAUUUUUAAAUCAA